AGUGCGCCAAGAGAGGAAGGAAAGGAAACGGGUGGACUCCUCGAUACCAGCGAUACUUAUCGCCCAGUACGAAUUCGCGCGUGCGGUCGACAAGAACCAAAACGGAUGUUGAAUUGUUUAAUCUAUUAAAAUAUCAUAUUGAUAAUAUUGAUAUAAGAUUACAGUGUUUUUAAAGUGACUAAAGUGUGAAAUUUCUUUUGUCUGUGAAUAGUACAAAUCAAUUGGAAUGCUUACAAAUUCAAAAGCCAUGGAUUUUCGAUUUUUCACAUGUUUCACAUUUGUUUUGAUGUGCACAACUUCAUUUGCUUAUCCUUUGGGAUUAGACAACGCCAUUAUUGGCGGUAGUCAAGUUUUAAUGAAUUUCGGAGAUGGUUUUCAACAGUGGGGUGAAAGUAAUAAGCAACAAGUAGUCCCACAUUACGGUUCCUAUGGUCGUGAACGAGCUCUACUUGAAAUGGAAGGCAAAAUCUCCCAAUUGGAUUCGGCCUACACGCGCUCGCAUCAAUUCAUCGCCGAGAUCGUCGGCCACAAGCCGCUAAUUGACAUUACACAAGAGCAUGAAAAGUACGGAAACGACGGCGCGAAAUCACGUCGUGUCGCGACUGCGCUAAUCGGAGGCUUCGACGGUGUCGCAAAUAUUGUCAACAGCGUUCUAGACGCGCCAUAUGAUAAAGCGCGUUAUGCGUCGAAACAAGCGACAUCUGCGCUGAAUGCAAUCGGAGCAACUUUUGCAGGACUUUAAAAUGUGAAAAAUUUAAUAUUUAAUGAUUUGUUCAAAAAGCCACACACUGCAACUUGUAACUGCAUUACAAAUCGAAAUUAUCUUGUCCUGCGGUUGAUGUUCACAUAAUUAAGACUGAGAAUUUUAAUUUAAGUCACACGAAAUUAGUCAGUGUUUUAUAUUAGCGGUGUAUGCGUAAUUUAUUUUAGUUUCUGUGUAUAUAGCGGUUUAUAGAAUUAAUCAAGAAAAACUGGUGAAAUGUCUAAACAAUAAAUGGAAAUAUGUGA